GGAGACGCCGUGCUGCUGAGGCGGCUGGACCGGCAUCGGGAUGUGGCGGCUGCUGCUGGCGCUGGCCUGGCUCGGUAGGGCCCUGCCUGCAGGGGCGGCGGAGCAGAGCGCGGAAGGGCAGCCCCGCUGCCAAGGGGGCGGCCCCGCGCAGGACGGCGGCGAACCGGUGCGGUACCGGACUGCGGAGAUGGCGGACGCGAUGCAGGGCUGCGGGGUCCCCACGCCGCAGCAGGCCGUGGUGCUCUCGGUGGUGCCCGGGGAGGCGAAGGACGGCCCGGAGGCCGCCGGGGCUACCGGGGUUUGCGAUGCGGCGGCCGGAGGUGAUGCAUGCGGUGCGGGGAGCGGUGCGGUGGGCAGCCAGUCCCAGGAGCAGGCCGGGCUGGAGACGGUGCCGCCUGCACCCGCCGAGGAGGCCAACAGCACCGACAGCGCCAAGGCUCCCAAAGUGAACUGCGAAGAGAGGAACACGACUGGUAUGGAGCGCCUAACGCUGCAGAUCCUGAACGUGUCGCAGGACCUGAUGGAGUUCCUAAACCCAAACAGCAGUGACUGCACAUUGGUCUUGUUCUACACGCCAUGGUGCCGCUUUUCUGCCAGCCUAGCACCUCAUUUUAAUUCCUUACCUCGAGCGUUUCCAACUCUUCGCUUCCUGGCGCUGGAUGCAUCUCAGCACAGCAGUUUAUCAACAAGAUUUGGAACUGUGGCUGUACCCAAUAUCCUCCUUUUCCAAGGUGCUAAGCCUAUGGCUAGAUUUAAUCACACAGACAGGACACUGGAAACACUGAAAGAGUUCAUCUUUAAUCAAACAGGAAUAGAAGCUAAAAGUGACGUGGUUGUGACCAAGGAGGACUGGGAAGGGCCCCUGCCCAGCGUUCUGACAAAGGGCAUAGACUGGUUGCUCCUGUUCUCACUGCUCUUCCUGGCCAGCUUUGUCCUCUAUGCCACCGUGCGCACGGAGAGUAUUCGGUGGCUGAUCCCGGGACAAGAGCACGAGCAUCAGGAAUAAUCCAAGAUACUGAAACAGGAAAAGAAUUUCCUGCUUAUUGGAAAAGCAGGAAUUUGUAUGGAGUGGAAGCACAGAAGGACGAGCUGUUGAAUGUGGUGGUUGUAAUUUAUAAUGUUGACUAAAAGUCUGCUUUAUUUAUCAAGCUGUAAAAGUGGCAAUUACUGUGGUAAGUAAACAAAUAUGAAAACCGUGAACUGAACAAGUAUUUCUUAAGCUGAUCAGCUUAUUGUUCCUGGACUGUAGCAAAUAGGUGGUGCAGUUCUCCUCUGCUCUCCUGAAGAGGUCCUCAAGCUCCAUCGAUCAAGAUACAUACAGCAUCACCCUGGCUUGGCUGUGUGGCACUGCCUGGCACAGAAGCAGAGGCACUUCUCGCGUACAACCUGUGGAAGUUUUUUAGAUCCUACAGACAUAGGAACUAAAGCUGCUGUGUGAUGUGGUAAACACAUAGAACUAGGAUGUGUUGACCCACACAGAUCAUAUUUGGGUUUUGGCUUGUGUAUUCCUGGAAUGUUUCAAAGGAAACCACUGGUGAGUGGCGAUGGUGCUAACUGACUGUCAGGAAAAUUAACUAUGAGAAAACAAGAGGUUUUGACCUUACUCUUUUUU